AUGAAGCUGGACUCUCUGGUGCCAGCAGAGAAGAGGACUAUGGACAAACUACUGGACAUUAUGGAUGAUGCCAGUCACCCUCUGCACACGGUCAUCAGUAACCAGAGGAGCCUGUUCAGUGACAGACUGCUCCUUCCCAAGUAUUAUCUGAAGAACCUUCCAGAGGACUCUAAAGAUUACAAAGACAUACAAGCUGCCCUCAGCAUCGUGAAGGAAGUGGCCAACCACGCGAACGACAUCAUGAAACAAGGGGAUAACUUUCAGAAGCUGAUGCAGAUUCAGUACAGCCUCAAUGGGCACCAUGAGAUCGUCCAGCCGGGCAGGGUGUUUCUGAAGGAGGGCACUCUGAUGAAGCUGUCCAGGAAAGUCAUGCAGCCACGGAUGUUUUUCCUGUUUAAUGACGCUCUCAUGUACACCACUCCAGUCCAGUCUGCCCAGUAUAAACUCAACAGUGUCCUCUCGCUGGCUGGGAUGAAGGUGAGUAAGCCCAGCCAGGAGGCCUAUCAGAACGAGCUGAACAUCGAAAGCGUCGAGCGCUCUUUCAUCCUGUCUGCAAGCUCAGCUACCGAGAGAGACGAGUGGCUGGAGGCCAUCGCCAAAGCCAUAGAAGACUACACGAAGAAGAAAAUCACCUUCAUAUCGAGUCGAAGUCAGGAGGAGGCAGAGGGCAUUGUUGACAGCGAGGCCCCGUUAGGUUCAAAGGCUCCCAUCUGGAUCCCGGACCUGAGGGCCACCAUGUGCAUGAUCUGCACCUGCGAGUUCACCCUCACUUGGAGGAGGCACCACUGUCGCGCCUGUGGAAAGGUGGUGUGUCAGGCGUGCUCCACCAACAAAUACUACCUGGAGUACUUAAAGAAUCAACCAGCUCGCGUGUGUGAUCACUGCUUUGCAAAGCUGCAGGAGAACAGUGACCGCUGUGCUUCGACAUCAAUUUCUCCCAUCAAAUCUGGAGCUUUCUCCUUCACCAGAAAACAGAAGAAGAUUCCUGCUGCACUGAAAGAGGUGUCUGCCAGCACAGAGAACUCCUCCAUGAGCGGCUAUCUAAACAGGUCAAAAGGCAACAAGAAGCAGUGGAAGAGGCUGUGGUUUGUCAUAAAGAAUAAAGUCCUGUACACCUACGCUGCCAGCGAGGAUGUGGCGGCGUUGGAGAGCCAACCUUUGCUGGGCUUCUUCCUGAGAGAGGAGAAGAACGGGCCAGCUCAGAAGCUGCAGUUUAAGCUGUAUCACAAAAACACACUGUUUUACAUCUUCAAAGCUGAUGACAUCCCCACAGCGCAGAGGAAGAAGAAAACCUUUUGCGCCCCCCACCACCCCCACUCUGCUGCGCUGAGUUUCCUGAUUGAUGCAGAGGAUUGCAGGGAAUGCAGAGCACCUGGUCAGUGUUCUGCAGGAUUAUUUAAAUCCUGCGUUUCGAGGCCCUGUCCAUCGCUGUCACAGCACCCCUGCUUUCAUCAUGAAGUGUGGAAUUAG